GGCAAAUGCAGGCUGCAAUGCUGCAAUUGCAAUGUGGUCAGUCAGUUCUCUAUAUACCGUGAAUGUGGUUCAGCUUGGCACGUGUACGGUGCAUUAAAACUGCUUUUGUAUGGCUUAUAAAUCCAAGGAUUCUGAUGUCAUUGUCAAUGUGCACAUUUUGAUCUUCGGGUAACUUUUGCAAGGAUUGCAUCAUCAUUCACCUUGACCUUUCUGCAGACGAGUCGUAUUCGUUCAGCGGCCGUCGGACAGAAGCGGACCCUGAUUGGCCGGUCCCUGCGGCGGCGGGCCCUGAUUGGCUGGUCCCGGCGGCGGCGGGCCCUGAUUGGCCGAUCCCGGCGGCGGCGAGCCCUGAUUGGCCGGGAGGACGGCUCCCUCGUCUUCACCAUGUCGAACGCCUCUAACACGCCGCUGCAUUUCGGCGACUCGCUGCGUCUGACGCGGGCCUCCAAGCAGUACAUGUAUGACGACUCCAACACCGAGUAUCUGGACUGCAUCAGCAGCACCGCACACGUGGGCCACUGCCACCCGCUGGUGGUGACGCGCGGCCAGCAGCAGAUGGCGCGCCUGGUCUGGGCGCAGGGCUUCCUGUUCGACGCGCUGUCGCUCUACCUGAAGGAGCUCACCGACAUGAUGCCCGAACAGCUCAGCGUCUGCUACCUGGUCAACUCCGGCUCGGAGGCCAAUGACCUGGCGCUGCGGCUGGCGCGCUCCUACACCCGACAGGAGGACGUCAUCGUCUUCGAGGGAGCGUACCACGGCAACCUGGGCAGUGUGGCCGACAUCAGUCCGAAACUGUUUCCGGCCGCGCCGCCCGAGAACAACGGCAGGCGGCGGCACGUGCAUGUGGCGCCUCUGCCGGACACCUACCGGGGGCGGUACCGCGAGACGGACCCGGACCCAGGGGCGCGGUACGCGCAGCACGUGGAGCGGCUGCUGGAGCGGAUGGAGUCAGAGGGCCGCCGCGUGGCCGCCUUUAUGUCCGAGUGUCUGGUGACCCAGUGCGGCAUGGUGGCGCCGCCCGAGGACUAUUUCCGACGGGUCUACAGCCUGGUGCGGGCGCGCGGCGGCGUGUGCGUUAUGGACGAGGUGGCCACCGGGCUGGGACGGAUCGGCACCCACACGUGGGCCUUCGAGUCGUACGGCGUGGUGCCGGACAUUGUCACAUUGGGCGGCACGCUGGGGAACGGCCACCCGAUGUCGGCCGUGGUGACGCGCCGAGACAUCGCCGAGACUCUCUCCGAGUACCUCUCCACGUUUGGCGGUAACCCGGUGUCGUGCGCCGUCGGCCUGGCUGUGCUCGAGGUGAUGCGCACCGAGAAGCUGAUGACGUCGGCCACCAACGUGGGCCGCUUCCUCAAGGACAGCCUCACCCAGCUGGCCGGCUCCCACGGCUGCAUAGGCGACGUGCGGGGCUCGGGCCUGUGUCUCGGCGUGGAGAUCGUCUCCAGCCGGCAAAGCCGGAAGCCCGACCCGACGCUGGCCAGACAAAUCUGCUUCGGUCUGCGCGAGGAGCGGAUCCUGGCCACCACGUGCGGCCCGGCUGCCAACGUGCUCCAGCUGACGCCGCCCAUGUGUUUCACCAUGACGAACGCGCGCACGCUGCUCUCGGCAGUGGACGCGGUGCUGGGCCGGCUGCUGCGGCGGCGCGCCGAGGGCGGCGGUGACUCGGCCUGCGCCGGCGAGUCCAGGGCCGACGGCGACUCGGACACAGAUCCAGAGCGGCUGCAGCGCCAGGAGGCCAAGCGCCGCCGCGUCUACGAGGAGGUGGACUGA